AUGUUCGGAGAACUGAUCGAGGCCUGCCGCAGGCUAGAGAAGGCCGAGCCUCCGCCAUCGCCAGAACUUCCCGACGACGUCCCGCAGCUGAUCCCUGAUGGCAUCACCGCAAAGAGUUACUCUAAACUAAGUGUGAGCACGGCUGCUGCACAGGACUCUAUCGCUGUCCUCUGGGCUGCGUACGCCACCGUAUCAAAGCUCGGCGCCGACGCGGGGGACGGAAAGAUAGACUGCGAUGCCGAUGCGUUGAACGACAUCGCCGACCGCAUCGCCGACAUCGUCCUGCCCGUCUGCACCGGCGCCUCGGCAGACGAAGAUACGACAGACUACGGCGUGCUCCAGCGCAAGGGGGAGCUGGGCCUGCGCAUCCUCACGCGCCUCGUCGACCUCCCGGGCCCCUCUCACCCGCUAUCUCUGCGGUCCCCCACGCUCCUCUGCAUCGCGGCAUUCACCGACGCAGCAGAUGCGUGGACGACAGACGCCUCGUGCACCCUCGCCUCGGCCCUGCUCCUCCCUCUCACAUCGCCUGAGCACCGCUACUGCCAGGCCGGGCAACUCGCCAACUUCAUCGCGGAUACCGUGCUUACAGGAUUUCUGCGGCCCCUAUUCUCGCGGUCACGGCCGGCCGGCAUCACCUCGACCGGGCGGCGGGACGCCUACGCCGAUCGCGACGGCGAGGGCCGCUACGACGACACGCACCUCGGCCGCGAGACCGCCGACGUGAAGCCCUGGAAGUACGCCCGCCGGUACGCGGUCGCGGUGUUCUCGUGGGCCGUGCGGCACGCUGAUGCCACCCUCUUGCAAACGAAAUGGCCGCUCUUUACGCCACCUCUCCUGACUCUCCUCGACGAGCCCGCUUCUUCUCCAUCUGCCACCACCACCUCCUCGUCCCUCUCCUUCACUGAAGUCCUCAAACCGCGCGCCCUCGGCCUCCUGCGCACCUUCUGGGCGCGGUGCCCGCCGGACCUCAUGGCCGACGACGGCGGGAAGGGCACGGGGCUGGCGCCGGUCUUCGAGGCGGCCGUCUUCCCCACGCUCCUGAGCCUGCCCGCUCUCACCCCGGAGCCUGAGUCCCUGCGCCUCCUCGGCGCCGCCUACCCCGCGCUGCUGGAGAUGGCGGGCGUCGCCGCCGACCUCGACUAUGACCCCGCCCGCGCCGCGCCGGCACGAGGUGAGGCGGCGGGGGAUAGGCGAGCGCAAGAGGGCGGGGCCAAGACGAGGCGGAUCCGGCCCGCCCAGCGCGCGCUGCUCGGCCGCGUUGUCCGCGACGGCGUCAUGGUCGGCUGGCACCACGCGCCGGAGCACGCGCGCCUCGCCGCCCUCUUCUGUGAGACACUGCGCUGCGUCGUCGACGGGCUCGGCGUCUACGCCGUCAAGCACCUCAAGGCACGUACACGCAAACUCAGCCUCUUCUCGUUGCUUGUCCACCUUACUUUCUUUCAACUUUGUAUCAGCUUGGUCAUGUAUUCUUUGCCAAUUCCUAACGACAUCAUCCCUAUGAUCUCGACCAUACUGAGCGACCCCUUCGGGCCUCAGCACCCGCCGUCCCUCCUCACCGCCGCGCGCUUGCUGCGCGCCGUUCUGCGCGCCUGCUGGCCGCGCGUGCCGCGCUACUGCAACGAUAUCGUUAAGGCCCUCGCGCUCUGCUGGCUUAACCUCGAGGAUCAACAGGACCCGAUCGCGAGCAGGAGCGAUAUUGAGAUAGAACUUGCCGCCGCCGCCAAUAUGCUGCAGGCGGUGAUGAAGGCGGUUGCGCGCGACGAUAUGGACGCGCGGGUCACCCCGCUUAUCGAGACGGAGCCGCGGUUGGGCAAACUUUUUGCGAGAGACGUCGGUAAUCCCACAUAA